ACAAACACGAAACGCCUAAUAUAAUCACUCUAAUCAAGCGGACCCUUAGAGUUCUCUAGCUACCUACCAUGAACUCUCGCACUCUUCUAUUUCGCUUCACUCAUUUCUCUCUCAUAGUCCUCUUAACCUCUAUUUCUGCUGCCUCAUCCCACAAAAUCCCAAGGCUCAGUGUACUCCAUGAAACAAUCACAAGAGGGACAUCCAAGACCAUCUCAACCUUUGAUCCAGAGGACUUGGAAACCUUUUUUUACCCUCAAACACUUGAUCAUUUCAACUACCAGCCAGAGAGCUAUACAACUUUCAAACAAAGAUAUGUAAUCAACUAUAAGCAUUGGGGCGGCGCAAAUGAAAGCGCGCCGAUCUUUGUUUACCUUGGCGACGAGGCACCGAUCGAUGGUCAGCUUCCAAUAAUUGGGUUUCUUAUCGAUAAUGCCCCUCAUUUCAAAGCUCUCCAAGUUUAUAUAGAGCACCGGUUUUACGGAGAAUCAAUUCCUUUUGGAACAACAAAGAGUAAUGAAAGCACUCAAGGUUAUUUCAAUUCGGCUCAGGCUCUUGCAGAUAGUGCAAAGUUGAUCAUUUACUUGAAGAAAAAGCUAUCUGCGCAUAAUUCCCCGGUUAUUAUUUCUGGAGGAUCAUAUGGAGGAAUGUUGGCUGCAUGGUUCCGGCUGAAGUACCCCCAUGUUGCUCUCGGAGCUCUGGCCUCAUCAGCUCCGAUCCUUUACUUUGAUGACAUUACUCCACAUGACGCAUACUUUGUAGUUGUCACCAAGGAUUUCAAAGAAGCUAGUAAGAGUUGCUACAAAACAAUACGAAAAUCAUGGUCCGUAAUUGAUAGAGUCUCUUUGCAGCCCAACGGUCUCACAUACCUAAGCCAGAAAUUCAAGACAUGCAGCCCGUUGAGCGAUGCUGCGGAACUCAAGAACUUCUUAAUUUAUACAUAUGCUGGUGCAGCUCAAUAUGACAUGCCACCAUCAUAUCCUGUUACACAGAUUUGUGGGGGAAUCAAUGGUGCAAAAGGAAAUGAUGUUCUUGGCAAGAUAUAUGCAGGCCUUGUAGCCUAUCAUGGAAACCAGACAUGCUUUGUCAACCAAAUCGAUGGUAGUACUCCAUCGGCUGAUGAUUCGGAUGUAGCAGAUUUAGGAUGGGGUUGGCAAGCAUGCACUGAGAUGGUGAUACCCAUCGGCAUCGGCGGCUCCAUGUUCCAACCACAACCUUUCAAUCUUGAGCAAUACGGCUUGAAUUGCCUAAGUGAGUACGGGGUAUUACCUCGGCCCAACUGGGUCACAACCUACUAUGGAGGUCAUGAUAUAAAAUUGGUUCUCCGAAGGUUUGCUAGCAACAUUAUUUUCGCCAAUGGUCUCAGAGAUCCUUACAGCAGUGGAGGGGUGUUGGAGGACUUGUCAGACACUCUUCUUGCUGCUUAUACUGCUGACGGAUCUCAUUGCUUGGAUAUUCUUAUUGCAACGGAAACUGAUCCGCAAUGGCUGAUAGAGCAAAGAAAGGUGGAAGUUAAGAUCGUUGAAGGAUGGCUCAAAACAUACUAUGCUGAUCUUCGGGCUUUGACGUAGUAGAUUAAGAUAAAGAGAAAUACCACAAAUAAAAGCAAAUUUAAUAAACAUGCUCAUUUUUUUGUCAUUCAAUCUGCCAGGUCGUAGUAUAGUCCAGUGUCUUCUUCUUUCUAUGUUUCAGCUACUUACAACAAAACUAGGUUCUGACGCCAAGGCCUCUACCCCAAUUCCGAUGCCAAUAAGUCAAUAACCACACCCAAACACACACUCAUUUGCACAGCCACACACUUGUGUUGAUGGGUGUGUAAUUUGAGUGUGGUUGUAACAUAUUUGUUCUGGUGCACGAUACCAGCCUAUCCAGCUGGUACCACCAUGCUUUGUAUUUUCCUUGCCGGUUUCAUGAGGUUGGGAUAUAACCCGAUCGGUCUAUCAUUUGACAUGGCAGCUGUAAGAGAUUAUUUAGUUUUCCAAUAUUUCGGUCCUCCUUAUAUAGUUAAGAGUUAUGUUUAAUUUA